AUGACGCUGGCAGCCUACAAAGACAAGGUGAAGGAGCUCCCCCUGGUGUCUCUGUUCUGCUCCUGCUUCAGUCCGCAGAUUGAGAAGAGCAUUUACAAGGCAGAAGAUGCGGUGGACCUGGGCUGGUGUAGCAUCAAAGACGUGGAGGUGAUCGAGCUGAACAAGCGCACAUCGGGACAGGCCUUCGAGGUCAUCCUGAAGCACCCCUCCUUUGACGGGGCUCCGGAUCUCAACACCUCCAUGCCCCCGCGCAGGGAUCCGUCACUGGAGGAGAUCCAGAAGAAACUGGAAGCUGCGGAGGAGAGGAGGAGGGUCCAGGAGGCAGAGCUGAAGAAGUACUUGGCCGAGAAGAGGGAGCACGAGCGCGAGGUGAUCCAGAAGGCCUUCGAGGAGAACAACAACUUCAUCAAGAACGCCAAGGAGAAACUGGAGCAGAAGAUGGAAGCCAACAAGGAGAACCGCGAGGCUCUGCUGGCGGCCAUGUUGGAACGCCUGCAGGAGAAGGACAAACAUGCAGAGGAGGUGCGGAAGAACAAGGAGCUGAAGGAGGAGGCCUGUCGAUAA